AUGAGAGUGUCCAAAGAACAGCUCGAGAGUCUCACGGAGACAGACGUCCGAGAUCCUAUUCCCAAAGAAUCCCUCCUUCCGGCCCUCACUUCACCGCCAUUCAUACUCUCCGCAUCGCUCAUCAAUGUCCGAGACCUAGGUGCCGUUCCGGGCUCCGCCAUCCGCCCAGGUCUCGUCUACCGCUGUGGCACUCUUGAGGUCGCAGCCCAGGACCCUCACGCUUUGUCCUGGAUUGCUGCCAACGUAAAACAUAUCUUCGACAUCCGUUCUCCUCGGGAACGUGAGAAGGCUCCGGACCCUGAUGUCGAGGGUGUCCAAAACACUUGGUUCGACAGUACAGGCAUUGACACACAGCCUAUUUUGGAUGAGUUCGUCGAGGGCGGUGGCGAGGCCGGGGUCAGAAAGGAGUACCUCAAGGUACUGGACAUCUACCAGCCAAGCUUCCGCGCCGUACUGGAGCACGUACGCGAUGGGCCUGGUGAGGGGUUUCUAUUCCAUUGCACAGCCGGUCGAGACCGCACAGGCGUGUUGGCAGGCAUUCUACAGUCUCUUGCCGGCACAAAGCCUGAUGACGUUCGCUUCGAUUAUAUGCUCUCGCGCAUUGGUACCGAACCAGCCCGUGAGAGGCUGCUUAAGUAUGCACUUUUGGGCACCGCGCUUGCCGCCGAGGAUGAUCACCCCGGGUUCUACAAUAUGUGCAGCCUGCGUAGGUCCUGCUGGGAUGCCUUUGUCGCUGGCGUUGAGGAGGAGUAUGGAGGGUGGGAAAGCUAUGUGACCAAGACACUGGGGUUUUCAAAUGAGGAUCUUGAGAAGAUUAAGGAUCACCUUCGCGGGACACAAGCGCUGCCCAACUGA